AUGGAGGUCAUCAAGACGCGCAUGCAGCUGCAGGGCGAGCUGGCGCACAACGUGACGCGCGGAGUGGCGCCCGUGGUGCAGUACCGCAACUUCGCGCACGCCUUCUACACCAUCGGACGCACGGAGGGCCUGCGCGGCAUCCAGCGCGGACUCGGCCCCGGUAUUUCCUACCAGAUCUUCAUGAACGGCCCGCGCCUGGGGCUGUUCGAGCCGCUGCAGAAGGUCUUCGGCGCCACGGACCCCACUGCGUACUCGUUCCCGCUGCGCAACGUGUGCGCCGCCGCCACCUCUGGCAUGAUCGGAGCCUUCAUCGGCAGCCCCUUCUUCCUGGUCAAGGCGCGCAUCCAGGCCGCCAGCUCGGCGGGCAAGAUCAAUGCGCAGUACGCGUACAACGGCAUGAUGGACGGCUUCCGGCAGAUUAUCAAGGCGGACGGACUGCGAGGGCUGUACCGUGGAGCGACGGCGUCGAUCCCCCGUGUUGCGAUUGGUUCGGGCACGCAGUUGGCGACGUACACACAGGCCAAGACGCUCGUGAUUGCCGCGGGCUUUGAGGACGGUGUGCAGGUUCACUUGGGCUGUGAGUUGAUACGCUGUCUGAGUGUGGGUUAA